AUCCCGCACCUAGCGAGUCAGACGCAAACAGGCACCAUCGUCUUCCUCAUUUGGCGCGCUCUGGUGAAAAGGGUUAAACUUUACUUCCAACACAGGAAAAACCAUUAUACUACUCUUAAGCCUCUCCUCAACACGAAAAGCACGUUCUCUUUCGUGCCCAUCCACCUCAGAUUGCCAAUACGACACCGUUAGUGGAUUCAUCUUUGCACUCGACUCUGUCUCUAACUCUCUUUUCCUUCCCCGAAAUAAGCGAAUUCCACAUUAGCAUCGCGCGAAGGUCUCCAUUUGAGAUCUUGGCGAAUCGGCAGGACCCUGAGAAUGGAGAUCGAUACGUUGCCCAUUAGUUCAGUUUCCAAAGAACACCAGAGGAUCUAUCAAGAGUGGUUCAAUCAUGCUGAUUCGGAUGGUGAUGGCCGUCUUACGGGGAGUGAUGCCAUUAUGUUUUUCUCUAUGUCCAAUUUGUCUCGCCAAGAUCUUAAGCAGGUUUGGGCUAUUGCAGUCAAGCGGCAAGGAUUUCUUGGUCUUAAAGAAUUUAUCACUGCUAUGCAGCUAAUUUCCUUGGUACAAUCUGGCCACCCAAUUUCACAUGAUUUGUCAACUAAUGAUGUUGAUUUGGAAAAUCUUAAGCCUCCCGAGAUGGAGGGUUUGGAUGUAUUACUGGCAAAGAAAAAGCAUAAACAUAAAGAGAAUGAUUUGAAUGGUAGUUCAUCACUGCAGCCAUCAAAUACAGCAAUUUGGUUUUCGUCAAAGUCAACAAAAAAGGUGCCUCUUUCUGCUGUGACAUCAAUAACUGAUGGGUUGAAGAGACUAUACAUUGAAAAGUUGAAGCCACUAGAAGUCACUUACCGUUUUAAUGAUUUUGUGUCUCCAUUACUGGGAAAUAGUGAUUUUGAUGCCAAACCAAUGGUAAUGCUUUUGGGUCAGUACUCAACCGGAAAAACCACAUUCAUCAAACAUUUGCUUCAAAAUAGUUAUCCUGGAGCUCAUAUUGGACCUGAGCCUACAACUGAUAGGUUUGUGGUUGUCAUGUCCGGACCUGAUGAGAGAAGUAUUCCUGGUAAUACUGUUGCUGUCCAAGCUGAUAUGCCCUUCAGUGGUCUCACAACUUUUGGCACAGCAUUUUUAUCAAAAUUUGAGUGUUCUCAAAUGCCUCAUCCUUUACUGGAGCACAUUACAUUUGUGGAUACGCCAGGAGUCUUAUCAGGAGAAAAGCAGAGGACUCAACGAGCAUAUGAUUUUACUGGUGUGACAUCUUGGUUUGCUGCCAAGUGUGAUUUGAUACUCCUUCUGUUUGAUCCUCACAAGCUUGAUAUAAGUGAUGAGUUCAAACGUGUGAUAUCAUCCUUGCGUGGGCAAGAUGACAAAAUUCGAGUGGUUCUGAAUAAGGCAGACCAAAUUGAUACUCAACAACUGAUGAGGGUUUAUGGAGCAUUAAUGUGGUCAUUAGGAAAGGUUCUGAAUACUCCUGAAGUUAUGCGGGUAUAUAUUGGUUCCUUCAACGACAAACCUGUAAAUGAUGCUUUCACUGGUCCAAUUGGUAAGGAUCUUGAAAAGGAACAAGAAGACCUUCUUUCAGAUCUCAAAGAUAUACCAAAGAAAGCUUGUGAUCGAAGA